UGUUUGUUUCCCGAGCAACUAAUCGAUUAUUACGUGCGAAAGUGUGUUUAGAAGAUUGGCAGCGAAGUGUAAAGCACAAAAACAAACAGAAAAUUACAGUUGUUGCAGCUACUGAAGUUGCUGCCAAGAUAGCCAACUCAAUCAUACCCGAUAGUCGUGCCUAAGUAUUGGACAGAGCCAAGCCAAAGUGAACAGCAAAAAUUUGCAAUCAGUUGCCUGUCGGUCGGCUGAUAAGAUAGCCCGAAUCCUGAGCUCUUACGCCUCGCCAAGUACGCUUCGACGAGUGACAACUCUAUUCAAACAAUCUUUCGACGGCUGACUUGCCAGGUCCAGAAAUAGGUUCGGGUUCGUUUAGUGAGGUACCACCAAAACUCUGUUGUUGCCUUCUUGCCCCAGUAUAGUGUGAAAAAAAAAGUGAAAACUCGAACAUCUUCUGAGUUGAGUGAUUGUUUUUUGUGAAGAACAACGGGAUUCAAUCGUUAAAAGAACAAACCGCAUCAAUGGCACCAGUUUAUAUCGGAGGCGUUGAAGGGGGCGCCACCCAUUCGAAGUUGGUGAUAUGCGAUCAGACGGGCAAGGUCAUCGCAUCGUCCAAAGGUCCGAGCACCAACCACUGGGAGGUCGGCAUACCGGAAGUGGCCAAACGGAUCGACACAAUGACCCGGGACGCCAAGGCACAGGCCCAGAUUCCGGAGACCCAUCGGCUCACGGUUAUGGGUCUGUGUUUGAGUGGGUGCGAACAGGAUGCCACCAACAAGCUGCUCGAGAGCUAUCUGAAGGCCAACUACCCGGAUGUAGCCGAACAGUAUCUGGUCGGCAGUGAUACGAUCGGGAGCAUUGCGGCGGCUUCCAACGUUGGCGGGAUGGUCAUCAUAUCCGGUACCGGAUCCAACACCUUGCUGCGGAAUCCGGACGGAAGCACCUAUGGUUGUGGCGGCUGGGGGCACAUGAUAGGCGACGAGGGAGGAGCCUGGUGGAUCUCGAAGAGCGCCAUCAAAACGGUGUUCGACCACGAGGACAACUUUCGCCGGAGCAAGCUGUGCGUACAGCGCGUUUGGCAACUGAUCCAGGAGCACUUCGACGUCAAAACUCGCCAAGAUCUGCUGGACCAUUGCUAUGCCAAAUUCAGCAAACCCACCUACUCCGGACUAUGCGCCAAGUUGGCCAAGUGCGCAACCGAAGAAAAUGAGCCACUGUGCCGGAAAUUUUUCGAGGAUGCAGGUCGGGAGUUGGCCCGAUCGGUUUGUGCCUUGUCGCCCAAAAUUAGCCCUGCCCUGAUCAAGAAGUGUGGCGAAGUAGACAUCGUGUGCGUUGGAUCCGUUUGGCUCAGUUGGGAAUUGUUGGAACCCGGUUUCACCAAGGAGCUGGAAAGUGCCAAAUUCAAGUAUGACCUCAAGUUGCUGAAGCUGACGAACACGAUGGCCCUGGGUGCGGCCUAUCUGGCUGCGGACACAUUCGGACUGGAACUUCCGAGGGAUUACUCCAAAAACUAUGAAGUAUUCUACGAGCAUCAGGCCGUUAUCAAUGGGAAUUCAAACGGAAGCAGCACCAACGGAACGAGCUCCAACGGGUCUGCGACGAAACUGAACGGAUCCGGAAACGGCACGACAAAUGGUUCCAGCAAUGGAUGCACGAACGGAAAAAAUGGUUCCACGACAAAUGGGUCCAAUGGAAAGUAGAAACAAAAAUCUCACCCAGAGUGAUGUCGUUGUUGUAAUUUUUUUUAUAAAACCUAGCGGAAACCGCACCUUGCUAAUCAUGCGCAGAGAACUGAGAUUUUAUGUAGGCACCAAUUUAAUUGUUAGAUAAAUGUUCUUUCGUGUAAAUGAAGGAAACGGAACCAGCAUAUAUACAUAAAGUAUUGAUGUAAAAAUUUAUUCUAGAGGCAGUGAACAAUAAUAAACAAUUGUAUGUAUUUACUA